AUGGCACAGAGUGAUGGAGGGAUGUGGAUGGAGGAGGGUUUGAUGUCUGCAGACCAACCGUUCAGACAACUGCAGGCUCCAGAUGUGUCACAGAGGAAGUUACUUCAGAUGCCAGGAGCUGCAGUUCCCUUCCCUCCCCUCAAGGUGUUUUCUGAUGGCGAGCCGUGCGUCUUGUUUCAGGCCAGGAAGCUGUCCCUCCGCUAUGAGAAGCAGAAGCAGCUGGACCUGACGGAGAGAGCCUUUUCUCCCCAGAAUCCUGUGGACACCAGCCAGUCUGUGUGCCGCGAGGACAAGGCCACGGUGAUCAUGAGGUUUGGAGAUGUGGAGGAUUUGAAGGGCCUGUCCAUCAGACUGCAGCUGUCCAACACUUUCUACGAGUCCUCGGGUCAGUGGUGGUUCUCGGUGGACAGCGUCUCUCUGCUCUACAACACCUCUGAGGAGGCUGUGUUCAACGCCAGCGACGUGUACGCUCCAUCCUCCUCCUCCUACCACUGCCUCCACGUCAGCAGCCUGCAGCGCUACAGCGCCCUGCUGCUGCCCAGCACCGACCCCGCACGCCGCUGGGCCGUCACCUUCACCAACUUCCAGAUCCAGGCGUUCAACGUCACCUCCGGUAAAUUUUCUCCUGCGAGCGUCUGCGCCACCUUCAUGACGCCGGCCAUCCUGAUGGGCCUCAUCACUUCCCUCAUCCUGCUGCUGGUCCUGGCCUACGCCCUGCACAUGGUCGUCCACCUGAAACACAUCGAGCAUGAAGACGAACACAAAGCCGACGUCUACUUCCCCCAAAGCCCUGAGCAUCCUGAGCACUGCUGUGUGGAAAACGACGCUGAGAAAAAUAUACUGUAG